CCCAUCUAUUGUUACAGAGAGUCUCUCCGGUCUAGCCACCGAGCGUCAGUCUCUUAUUCAUCAGGAAUAAUAUUUUGUAUAAGAACCCUGCUGAGAGGAGGGAAUAGAGAACAAAGUGACAACAAAAAGUAGACUCGGAGAUGUCAGGACUCCCCACGAGCCUGGGGAAUAACUGUGACAAGGCAAUGUUGUUCUUCCUCUUGACAGUUGAAUCAACCUCAGUGUUAUCAGUAUAGGGAUGUCUCACGUGAAAAAAUUACCCGAUUUUGUUCUCCUUGCUGUCCCCCCUGGUGGCAUUGUACGCAGAAUACUCUGGGCAUCACAGUUUGAUCAUAUAUGUAACGUUCGCUCCUGGACAUCAAUAUUUACCUACAUACUCUUCAUAUGGCAUGCUUGAUGAUUAUAGAGUAUUUACUUUUGAUAGCACCUCCGAUGUAUUUUCACAUCCCUUUGGCCGUGUGGAAUCUCUGUCCACUGUCUGGAGAGAUCUCAAGGAUUGCACAAACUUUAAAACAGGCUAUUUAAACCUGUUUUCAAGAUAUGCUAAUUUAACCUUGGGGUUGAAAGGUCCACUCUUGCAGUUAAUGUAUGGCUGUCAGCUGAGUCAUAAUGGAACGUCAAGGGGACUGUAUUCUUUUUCAGUCAACGGGGACUACAGUCUUUCUAUGGACAUGGACAGCCCUCAUUGGUACUCAUACUUGCCCCAAGAUCUGGACAUUAAACACAUUCUAGACAGGUUUGAUCUCUGGAAUCACAACAAUCUCAUAUACAUUCAUCGUGAUUGUGUUCCUCGACUCAAGAAGUUCUACGAACACAGUAGAACUAUGCUUGACCAGAAAGUUCGCCCCGAAGCUGUGAUCAGGCACAAGCCUGCUGGAGCUCUUAACUGUGUGGUGACAGGCUUUUACCCUAAAGAUAUCACCGUGGAGUGGAUAGUUAAUGGACAGCCAGCCUUAGAUGGGAUAUCAACAGGCUUCCUACCAAAUCAUGACCAAACAUACCAAGUUCAGGUGGCAAUUCUCCUAUCUGAGACUACACACAACUACACCUGUCAAAUAAAGCACAGCAGCCUCCAAGAGCCGAUGGUCGUUACGUGGGAUGCUUCCUCCACUAUGACAGAUGUAAAAAUGUCUCUUCUUAUCGGACUUAUAGCAGGACUUAUCGCAGCGUUUACACUAACUGUUGUUCUUAUGUGUUUCAUAUUUAAGUGUGUAAUUUGGAAAAAAAAAUCUAUAUUUGUAAUGUAAGUGUACAUUUUAUUAUUUUAAUUAUAUUAAAUCUAUUACCGUCAUCCUUAACUCCAAUAAAUAAAUAUAUUUAUAUGAUAAACAUUAUAUUUCUACAUUAUUUUUUAUUUUGUAAUUAAUGUUAUUAAAUAGUUUGGUUAGUUUAUUACUUAUUUGAGACUGUCUCGUUAUUAUCAUUUAUUUUGCUACUUUGAUCUUGAUAUAUGUACGUAAAAAAAGAAUCAGAACCUAUUCGAUUUCACAUGUUAAUCUUUGAAAUGCAUAUUUAGAUUCACCAAGACAAAUGAGAUUUUAUGUUUUAUUUAUGUUAAGAUUUGAUAAAACGUCUGUUCUAUUAAAGUGUCUUCUCUGCCUGACUGGAUUAUAUAACAAAGCAUGUCAAAUUAAGUUUGUUCCAUUAACUGCAGCGUCACUACUUUUGCACGUUAGAGAACAUGCAUAAAAAGGGUUGGGAUCAUGUGAUCCGAUCUGAUCAUCAAGCAUAGAAAUGUGAAUAUCAACUGAUGUGUGAUG